AUGUCGGCCUCUCCUCCCGACAACGAGUCUCCUCCCAACCGCGAGUCUCUUCCCGAGGGCGAGUACCCCCUCAUAUUCCACCCUCCUGGUGCCCACUACUUCUUCAGAUUGAUCGACGCCAUCCGGAGCGCAGGCACGUGCGAGGCUUGGACGAUGCCUGACUGCGAGGCCGAACCCUACAAGUCGCCGGACCCCUUGGGCACCUGGGGCAUCUGCAUUGUCUGCAAGAGGCUCCCUACCUCUCGCAAGUGUAGUAAAUGCGGCCAUGACUGGGUCUGCUGCAGGUCCUGCGAGAAGUACAUGCGCCUUGGCCUUGCCGACAAGCCUCACGAGGAGAUGAUCGCGCACGUUCGCCUCUGCGACAACCGCAACGAGACAACCGCCGACAUCAUCGUCGAGGACGUGACCCGCGGCAGGAUGCUUACUCACCCUCAAGCCAGAGAGGACUACGGCUUCAGUCGCUGCCCCGAGCCCUCAGACCGAGUCAGGCUCUUCACCCUCUACCAUGACCUCGUCAAAAGCCUGGACGUGACCUCCCAGCAGCUCAAUGUCUGGAUGCAGGAGGACACGCUGUACGAGUCCAUCAGCGCCAAGAUGCACGCUAGACCACAGGAUUUCAGUCCUGAAAUCCGCGACUGGUUCGCGGAGAACAGGGUCGUCUUCGACAGACCGGCUGCUGAUCCUAAGACCUAG